CCGAUAUAUAUUUUAUAACUUGGGGUAAAGGAGAAUAAGUAUGUGUAUCACCCUAUGUUUGGGUCUUAUACUUGAAACGUAAGUUAUUCUACAUUUAGCUUGCUACUCGCUCGGUACUCGUACUGAACCCUUAGGGGGGCCCCACCAUUUCAGGUUGAAGCUAGAGCCUGUUGUCUACACCUUUGCACGGGUGGAAAGAAUCUAGAGGAAGACAUGAAAUGGAGGGCAGACGCAUGCCAACAAGAAACAAUCUGAGAGGGCAAACGCCGGUAGCUUCUAUUGGGGCUAGCCGGGCUGCAUCUCGGGGCUCACGAGGUGGAAGAGGAAGCCGUAGAGGCUGUGGAAGUCGUGGGGGGGCAUCGAGCCCAAACUGUGAGCGACAGUCAUGUUAGCUCGGUGUACGAAACUAACACCGAGAAUUAUGACUCAACCUUUGUUCCCGAGAUGUGACAUGAGGAGACCCGUAUGACGGGGUGACUUCCACACAGGCGACGAUGACAAUGAUGAGAGUGAUGCCCGAUUCGCUCAAAUGGGGGGAUUUUUUGAAUGGUAUCAAAAGGAGAAGCAAAGGAGAGAGCUGAGAUGCCAAGCUAAGCGUGCUCCUCGAGGAGUUUCAGGUCAAAGGAGCCUAGGGGCUUCAAAGGCUACUUCAGGGAUGUCCCAAGGUGGACACGGUGGAGAUUUCUGUGUUAGAAUCUCCAAGUACCUCAAAGAAGCAAGGGCUUUGGGGUGCAAAUCCUUUGAUGGCACCGGAGACAUCACCAUUGCCGCCGAUUGGAUUAAGAAGCUGAAAGAUGCAUCGAGAGAUAUGCAAAUCACACCCGAUGUGAAGUUGAUCGUGGCUUCACGUUUGCUUGAGGGGAUAGCUUCUACAAGGUGGGAGAGACUAGAAGGGAAAUAUCGUGGGACUAUCUCAUGGGAGAACUUCAAACAGGAGUUCUAUGCUCAAUACUACUCCGACUAUGAGGUUAACGUGAAGCGGAGGGAGUAUACGAACCUCAAGCAAAAGGAGGGUGGCACUGUUAAACAAUUGGAGCAAGAAUUUAUAACACUGACUACAUUCUUACCGAAGUACGUGGCCGAUGAGGACCGCAUGACGGAGCAUUUUUAGGGUGCCUUACUCUUAGACAUCCGUGAUCGGGCUACGUACUCUCGCCACAUGAACUUUAGUGAGGUGGUAGAGCAGGGCCUUCUUGGGGAAACCCAAUGGAAUGAGAGAAAAGCAAG